UCCACUUUCCCUUUUACUUUUUUCAAUAUCUUCGUGACAUUCUGUUUUUUUGAUCAAAUCUGUUUGUCACUAUAAACGGCAUCACUUUCGCUAGGUUUUGUACUCAUUUCAGGGAUAAACCUAAAAAGUUUGACAUACACAUUUGAAAAAGCAUGAGCGAUCCAGUUACGGAAAUGACAACGACUGAAACCAACAGAAACCAGCCCAAUCCCGUGAACGAAACGUCUGCACGACAAGAACGCCUGUCAGGUGAAUGCAAUAAACCUCAAAGUGACCCAACUUGGAGCGAAGUUCACCAGAGUGAGCAAAAGCUUACAGAGUCUCUCCGCGAACAGCUAGAUAGAGCACGCAAGGAUAAAGCCAACUUGGAGGCUGACUUGGAAACACGCGCAAAAGCUUUUCAAGCAAAACUGAAUCAGUUACAAGCAGGAUCCAGUGACAGGAUAUCACGGCUGGAUCAUCUGCUCAGUUUGGAAAAUACAAAUGAAAUCAAGCAAGAAAUCAAAAAACUGCACGAAACAUGCAUCAGCCAGGAAGCGCGUAUAAAGAAACUCGAAUUUGAUUUGGAGACGGAACAAGGUCAUGUCAAUAUUCUACGCCAUGAUAAUCAGAUGUUGAGACAGAUGACAGUUGAUAUGACAGUGCUCGCUGAGCAGGAAGAAGAGUACAUCUCAAACAAGUUGUUGAAACGCAUCUCGGGUCUCAAAAAGGAAAAAGGGGAACUGCUAGUGCAGGUGGAACAGGAAGAGGAGUACUUGACCAAUAUGCUGCAAAAGCGAUUAAACCAGCUUCAAAAAGAAAAAAUCGAUAUGGAAAAUGCGCUGGAGCAAGAGCAGGAAUACAUUGUCAACAAACUACAAAAGCAGUUGGAUUCUCUUCGUGCACAGCAGCCGAUGAAGUCACCUUCUGCCAGAAGCAUACAAGAUGUAUCUCCGGGAUCACUGCCUGUAAGUCCUGCAGUUACUGGAGCCGGUUCAUCCCCGUCCUUAAAUGCAAAAAAGUGGAUAUCCCCACAUGCAACUGGUGCAAAUCCAGAUGUGCCUCCCACUGGACUCAUUGAAGUGCUGCGUGCAGAGAUCACGGCCUUAAAGAACAAGACAAUGGAAAUGGAAAAAGAAUACCUCUCCAAGACUCAGCAAUGCAACAAGUACAAGAGUGAGCUAGUUCAGUUCCGCAAGCAGAAUGAUAUGUCUACUGAAGAUAUACCUUCUGACGAAGGGAUUCCUGCUGUCUUCAGAUCCGUCCCACCUUCACCAGGAAGACAAGUGCGGGCACGACGUUCCACCUCAACUUCUUCUCAAAGAUCAAUGACGUCGGACAAGGCUAACGUCAAUUUGAAUGCCAUCCCUCCGCUACAGCUUGAUAACAGCACGUCCACUUCAACAAAUACCUCCACAAACCAGCAUGAAGGCAGUACGAAUAGCACCGUUUCACCACAGGCAAUUCCCGAUCAAGGUAGCAGCGUGUCACGAUCUCGUUCAGAAUCUACAAGCUCAGCGUCAGGUAGCUUAUCGAGGAGAGAGGCUGCAGCAAGACGUAUAUCGGGUGGAUUGUUUGGCUUAAGCUCUCCUCCACCUCAACACCCUCCUCACCCGUAAAUGCCCUCCUACUGCUCUUCCUUUCACACAGUAAAUAGCAUUAUCCAGCUUCUAAAUAACAAAAUAACAAAGUCGAAUCGAAGUCAAACAUGCAAAUAAUAAAUGGUUGAUAAAUUUUGU